CUACAAGAAAACCUUCCUCGAUGGACGUGUGGUUUGUGACGACGCAGUAUCCAAAGUAUGGAGACCAUCCUCCUUACGAGACCAUAAACCACCCGGCUGUGUCCAGUCACAGCCGUCCAUUCUCCAUGCACGUGCCCAGCAUCUACCUGGUCUGGGACUCCAAGCUAGGAGUAAUAGCUUUGCGUCGAAGAGAGCGGCAGUUGGCCGUUAGUCGAUGUGGUGUGGUGCUCGCAGGUGUAUACUUUAGGAUCGACCAGGCCGCUGCUUUACAGAUCCCCGUGGCGCUCAAGAUCAUGGAUCGGGCUCAAGUUCUGUUGCAGCGAGACGAUGUGGAGAGCGAGAUCCGCGUCAUGGGGCAGCUCCAGAUGGGCGGUCUCGACGCUCCAUUGGCCAACGAGCACAUGAUCCGCUGGGAAUACGCCAGCGAUGUGUACAACCAAUAUGUAGCCACGGAGUACGUGGCCAAUGGUAGCUUGCAGGCCUACGCGCAUCGACAGGUGCAUCAAUUAAUGUUCAGACACUUGCAAGAGUUCGCACAGGAGCACGGAACGGCUCCGACCAAGCUGGAGUGUAUCUCCUAUGUGUAUCGAGGCUCUGGGCACGAGUGGAUGCGCGAGGGUAUUGGCAUCUUCAAGGGAAUUAUACGGGCGUUGACGUAUCUACACGCGCAGAAUGUGGCACAUUUGGAUCUAGACGUGUACAAUGUGGCAGUCGAUGUACGGACGAGUCCGAGGAUCAUUGAUCUGGGCAGCAGUCAGAUCAUGGACAAUAGAGGCUUCGUGGGUGAAGGGUUUGUUAGCAUCAAGUGUAAGCCGCUGUUUGUGGCACCAGAAGUGAGGUCGCAUCAGAGGAUGGCGCCGCCCAGACCAGGAUUUAAUGGCGCAGCGGCAGAUAUGUGGGCUGCAGGGGUGAUUGUAAGUUGUUUUGGUGUUUAUUGUGUGUAGUUUUUAAGCUUGACCUGACUGUGUUGUGGUUGUUGGUGCGACUAGUUGGUACAGUGCGUUGUGUGGGGCUUCCGUGGUGGACCGACGUAUUUGCUGUCCAAUACGAACUGGCGAAGAGAGGUGUUUAGCCAUAUUGACGCGACUUGCAGUCCCAAAACGUGUCAUUUAUGCUUGAAUUUCAUCUCCAUCCCGCCACUGAUCGGUGCCGUUAUCCAGCAAUUACUGCAUGUGGACCCGAAACAGCGACCCUCGGCUUAUGAAGUGGCAAUGGCCUUGCAGGAGAACCGACAAGUGCAGCUGUUCCCCGUGCAUCCCAGAGUAAAAAGAUAGUGGACUGCGCGCAAGAAGAA